AUGAGUGUUUCUAAAACUGUUACGUUUCCCAGGAACAAUGAUUUUAGGAGAGGCUUUAGUGAACAGAGAGCAUAUGACCAUCUGUACGAUCCGGUUUACACCGUGUCCAGUGAAGUGGAUAACGCUCGACAAAGUUUUAGAGCAAACGCGUCACUGGAUCGAGUGAGGAAGGUUCCGGAAUUCAAGAACAUGUUUAGUAAUCUGCCCCAUCACCCCAGCUACACUAUGCGCCUAGAUCCACUUCACGCCUCCACUGACCAGCACUGGAGAGGACAGGCACGAGAGAACAGUACCCAGCUGACAGGAAUCGCACCUCAUUAUCGCUCUCAGGAAACAAAAAACAAGGAAUGCAUUGUGACUGGAGCUGAUGGCUGGAAGUAUUUCAAACGUCCCGUAUCCAUGUUUGAGCAGAUUCCCCCUUAUGUUGUCACUGCCUUACACAACCGUCACCCUUACCCCGACACCGCUGGGGGCCAGGAACGCACCCCGACCCCGUUCGAGCGCACGGUCGGGGUCCAGACGAUGUAUCGGGAGAGCGAGGCACAGACUGAUCCUUACUCACCCCUCUACACUCUCCGUAGUGGGGCAGAGCUCCCUGAACUUCUCACGAUGCCUAAACUAACAUGGGGCAGUGGGUUACCGGCUGGACUGACAGAGGUUGAGUGGAUAGAGAGAUCACGCCAAGUGGAGAAACUGCCAACGCUGAACGACCCCAGCCAGCUGGGCAAGGUCAAGAGGACGCUGAAAAAGAUGGAAAGGGAGAAGUGGGCCAUUAGAGAGAAAGAGAUAGAGAAGUUGCAGGAGGAUCGUCUGGCCUUGAGUAUGCAGAACUUGCUCCAGAGGCUCGCCCAGCGGAGAGCUGUCCGAGCGGAGUGCCUGAGUAAAUACGCCUCCCAGCAGCAGCAGGAAAAGGAGGAGCGCAUGAAGAAGAACCAGCGUGAAUAUGAGAGGACGCUGCGGAGGCUGUUGGCAAAGAGGAAUUUGGGUGGACGGUCCCUGCGUCGUGACAUCAUUAAGGAAUAUUCGGAUUAUGGGUCUCAGGUUUAUGCCCCUCUGACCCGUAAUGGAGUAUUCCUUGACCAGAAUGCCCAACGCUAUGUGGUUGACACCAACGUCCUCGACCACUAUGAAGCUCUGUUGAAGUUUGAAGGAGAUCUCCCAGCCUCUGAAGUGGUGCCGCUGAUAAAAGCUCCCAAACUCAAGCGCCCUACCUGCAGGGAACUGAAGAACAUGAAGGACCAGGAAGCUUUGAAAAAGGAGGUGCUUCGCAUGGAAGAGGAGAAGAAGAACCCUCUACGCCUCCUCAAAAGGAUUGAGAAACCUGUCCCUCUACCCCCAGCCCCUAAGGUGGAAGCCCCCCCUGAGGGAUAUGAGGAGAAGGAGCUGGCUGUCAUCUUCCUGCAGAAACUUCUGCGAGGUAGAGCUGUACAGAAACAGAUGUUUGAAGGUUUGGAGAAGCAUAGGAACUUAAUUCAAGAGCUGCGCACCACCCAUGCUCUGCAGAGGGAGGGACAAGAGCUCCAGGAAUCAGAGAAAGCAGUCACACUGUCUCUACAGAAAGAGGCAGAGCGACACGCAGUAAAGGUGUCUGUGAGGGACAGCCGUGUGGCUGCCCUGUCAGGGGCCAUGGUUGUGGAUAAGCUUGACGCCCUGUCCCUGGUGCUGGUCAGACUGCAGGAUGAGGAACAAGCCCGUGUCUUCAUGGCCAAGGCUAACAGGGUCCGCCACCUUCGUGUGGCCGAGGAGAGUAAACGGAGGCAGGAAGAGGAAAAGAAACGUGCUGAAGUGGACGAAAUCUACAGACAGGUGGUGAAAGUGCACCAGGACACGGCGGAUCAGUACCUGAAGGAAGUGAUCGAGGACACGGUGGCUCAGACAGCCGACACUCAGGCAAGAGAGGAGAUUCCACGCCUGGCCGAGAAAAUCAACGACGACGCCUACGCCGCGGAGAAAACGCGGAACAGCCAGCAGUCAGAAGAGAUUGUGGAACAGCUGGUCACCAGCAUCCUCAUCCCUGGAGUUCAGAUAAUCUCUGCCCACAACAAAGUGAGGGAGGAGCAGCAAAAACAGCUCCAGGCAUCCCGCGCUGUCAUCACGGAGAGCAUCGAAACUUCUGUCGUUCCCUCGGCUGAGUGUCAAGGGUCACUGGGACCUUAUGUAGCCCAGACACUCCCCCCUCCCUCCACACGUCAGCCUGUGUCUGACGUGACCGACCAUGUGAGAGAAGGUUUCUCCACAGCCCCAGAUGCUACUGCCUGUAGCCCAGCAACAUCCGACUCACAUCCUGGGGCUACCACAGCAGUAGAGCAUAAGGCAGCGGAGGUCCGAGAAACUGACAAGGACCAAGCCAAAGAAAGCGAGAGCAGCUAG